CGCGGCGGCGGCGGCGGCGGCGGCGGCGGGUCCUCUUCCGCCUUCGGAAGGGGGCGCGCGGGCGACGAAGGCGGAGGGCUGAAGAAGUCCUAAGAUGGAUUCAACACUGUUCACACAGUGUUCUUACCAGCCUUCACAAUUGGAUAAGAAUAUUUAUUACAUCUUGACUGAAAACUAUCGUUAUGGCAGCAAGCUUUUUCAUGCAGGGAGCAUGUGUUAUUUGAAAGAACGGAUAUACCUGGAGCACAUUAGCAGAAUAUCCACUCGCAUGUGGAGGUUUGUCAUGGAGGAGGAUGGUACUGUGGUUACCAUGGAUGUUGAAAGUCUGCAGCCAGUAAACGAGAGGAUGGCUGAGUUCCUUUUAGCCAUUAGUAGCGUUCAGGAACGCUUGAACUGUUUUCUGGACAGGCAAGUUCUAGAUGCAGCCAUGGGGGCUGAACAAGGCCAACAGGUCUUGGUAGAUCUGGAUGAUCAGAUUUUCCCUGCUACCAUCUGCUAUAUUGGAAAACUCCACCAGAGCCCUUUACCAUCAGGGGUCUAUCCAAUUUAUUUUGGAGUGGAAUUGCAGGGUGACGGUGAAGGCAAAGGCCAUUGUGCUGGCACCUACAGCGGCACAGAGUACUUCAAGUGUAAACCAAAGUGCGGCCUUUUCGUGCCAUUUAACAAACUGCAGUUUCUGUCGGCAUCAGAGAAUGACAAGGUGGAGGAGAAGGCCACACCGAAGAUUGAGAGAAUAUUGCCGGUGAAGAUGGGGGAUACCGUUGGCUUUUACCUGGAUGAUGCCUUCACACGAGGAAUAGCAAUGGAAGUGUAUAAGAAAGGAAAUGACUGGAUGGUUAAAGUGUGUCCGGAGGAAGAAGGCUCAAGAGAUGUGUUCCGAGAUAUCCCUCUGGAUUCAGUGGUGAAGGAGGAGCUGCUCUCCUUAGACACGGAUUCUGGGCUCCAGGAAUAUCUCAAGCGUAAGAGAAGUGAGAGCACAGAGACUCUGGAGAACAAGACCUGCUCCCUUGAUGUGAACUCUGUGGUCCAGAUCAACGUAGACAAGGGAAAUGCCGUGACAGGGACUAUCCGUUGGAUUGGCUGCCUGCCUAAAGCCCAGCAGAAGAUGGCUGGCGUUGAGUUGGACGAAGAGAAGGGUCUUUCUGAUGGGGAGUGGCAGGGCGUGCGCUACUUCACCUGCCCUCCCAGACGGGCCCUUUUUGUGCAGCUGGAGUUGUGCCAACCAGACUUACGUUUCCAGGGAAACAAGCACCUCUUCCUGGAGUCCUCCGCAUUCCGUGACACGGAUGGUCCAGCUGUUCUGAGCAACUCCCCUCCCCUGAGAGACGACGUGGCUGUGAAUGUCCUCGAAGGGCGGAUGAGAGGGAUCCAAGGCCACUGUAACUCCUGCUACGUGGACGCUGCCCUUUUCAGCCUCUUCUCCUGCACCUCGGUGCUGGACUCCAUGCUCUACAAGCCGCCUCGCUCUGCCGACGGGCACAUUCAGGAGAUCCUCCGGGACAAGAUCGUCAACCCCCUGAGGCGGAAUGGCUUUGUCGCUGCCAAGAGUGUAAUGGAUCUUCGGUGCCAGCUGACUGAAAAAGGGCAGUCCUCCAGUUUCGCCACUUCGGAGAAAGACCCCGAGGAGUUUCUGAACCUCAUCAUGCACCGCGUUCUCGGACUGGAGCCGCUUUUGAAACUGCAGUCUGGAAGACUGAAAGAGCAGGAGUGUUACUGUUACCAGAUAUUCAUGGACAAGCAGGAGAAUUUGGUAGUGCCCAACGUACAGCAGCUAGUUGAGCAUUCCUUCCUCACAUCAGACCUCAAACUGGUGGAGAUCCCAUCCUGCUUUAUUCUCCAGAUGCCUCGUUUUGGGAAGGAGUACAAAAUGUUCAGCAAAAUCAUCCCUUCCUUGGAGCUGGACAUCACUGAUCUGCUGCUGGAUAGUCCCAGGGAGUGUUUUGUGUGCGGCGACAUUGCCACUCAGGAAUGCUCGGCGUGCUUCAAAGACAGGAUGUUUGCUGACACGGGGCUGAAGCAAUACUGCGACUCUUGCUGCAGUCAGGCUCACUCCCAUUAUUGGCGAAAAGCCCAUCGGACGACAAAGCUGCGUGUCCCCAAGGAAUUUGGUCGGGACAGCCGUCGCGAUGGCAUGCGGGUGCCCCGGGAGAAACUGGAGCUGUUUGCCGUUCUCUGCAUCGAGACCAGCCACUAUGUGUCCUUUGUGAAAUACGGGCCAGAGAAAGAGAACUGGAUGUUUUUCGACAGCAUGGCAGACCGACACGGUGAUGAGAAUGGCUACAACAUCCCCACUGUGUCGCUGUGCCCAGAGGUCGCCAAAUACCUGGAGAUGCCAGUGGCCUCCUUGGCUAUGGAGCAGCCUCGGGACAUGGAGGGAGUUGCCAAGCGCCUCUUCUGCGACGCCUAUAUGUACAUGUACCAGAGCAAGAAGAUGGCGCUUUAUAAAUGACUUCUGCGCUAGAGGCAUGUGGCUUUGGGUCACCAGAACGCAGAAUCUCAAGUAUUUUUCUACAGCUGUUCUCUUCCGCUGCUUUGUUUACAACAUUACCUCCCAGGAGCUGAGGGGAGGCAGCCUUGUUAGCCAGAAGCAUCUGCGGUUCAGUCUUCUGCAAACCUGCAUUUAUCAGCAGUGUGGGAAUGUUGCUGGUGGAAGAAUUUCAUCAACACACCCUCAGUUCUCAUUCCCUCUCAACUGAGCUUUUGCUCUAAUCUUCAGGCUGAUAUGCCUGGCCCUCCCUUGGGCCACAGCUACGGAACAUGGAAGCUGAAGGCCAGGUUUGGGAAAAGACUUUCUGGAGUGUAACGCUGAAGAAGGAAGCAUCCAGCCCAAUUUCCCCAGAUUCGGAAUCCCAUGAGAAUUCCUCUUCCUGAGCAGGGUGGUGGGGAUUUUGUGUCGCCAAGAAGGAAUUCUCACAAACCGUGGCGUGCGUUUGACUAGGAAUCCUAAGUGACCGAUAUCGGUUACUCUUUUGCACAUUUUCUUUUUUAUUGGUCCCUGGGCAUCUAUUGCAGUGCCCAGCCCUGAAACUGGCAUUUUAAGAUUAGGGGCUGUAAAACUAGAUGCCAGUUGGGGCUUCAGGCUGAAGUUUCAUGUUGGAUCUGUAUCUCAGGAUGGACAUACAGCAGUCCAAGAAUCUAUUGCCCCAAAUCUUGGGGGAGCCCCACAUUUUUGCUUCAGCCUUUUCAUUUUUGCUGAGACAGCACUGUGUGACAAAUAUCAGCCCCCAAGCGAAGCAGUCAGCAUGCCGGAGGGGCAGCAACCGUGGGGCUGAGCUUCUGUGCCCCUGAUGUCGUUAAACUGGGCUCUCACAAGGAACCCCAGCACAGCGCUCAGAAAAGUAUCUGGUGAGCCCUGCACGUCCUAGCCAGUCAUUAUUUUCCGAUGCAAACACACACACCUCUGUAUUUUCCUGUGAAAAUUCUGGAAAGAUGUAUAGAUGACCUUUCCUAAGUCUUGUAAUUUUUUUUCCCCUGUAGGCUGAUCUCUGUUAUCAAUCCAUGUAACCUUAUCUUCCAUUUCUAAGUGCCAGAGUUAUCAAGGUUCUUCCUUAAGUAUCAGCUACAACAAUCCUUUGAAUAAGACACACCAAGGCUGUCUUUCUAGGCCACAUGGAUUUUAUACAAUCAUUCCUCUGACUGAUCCCCGUUUCUCUCCCACCCCCAACCCUAAAUGGUUUUCUUAUUUUCUGCCCUGGUAAAUACUGUGAAAUAAAGCUUGCAGGGAGAAAAGUGCCUUAUCUACGUGGCAGCGUGGAUUAAUUCUAGCCCUUUAAUUGGAUGCUCUUUUCUCCUCUAACGAUGUAUUGUGAUAUGUUGUUACUAAGAUUCUUGCACUUCAACCUCAGAUCAGCACUUCAAUUUCUGCACUUUUCAGACAAUGCUGCCUUUUUAGGGAGAAAAUAAUACUUGAUAUAAAUGUUGAAGCUCACUGGGGGCACACUGGCAAGUACAGCAAUAAUUAGAUUGUAUUUAUGCUACAACUACUGCGUUUUAUUUUGUUGUGGGCCAGACUCAGAAUUUGCUUGCUUGUAAGCUUUGUUGGUUUAAUCAGUGCCUCCUGCUGUUUCCAAAAGCCACAUUCUGAAUUAAUUGUGUUAGCUCCAUCUUUUCAGUCUGUAGCCCUUCCUC